AUGAGGGUGAUCUGUGCUUUCCCUGAAGCCAUGUCCUCCAGCAGCUCCUGCCCCCCCUCGUGCCUAGCCCUGGUGGCUCUCUUUUUGGCUCUGUUGAUCCAUCUUUCCCUCUCCUUCCAAGCUGGAGACAGGAGACUCUUGCCUGUAGACAGAACUACAGGUUUGAAGGAAAAGACCCUGAUUCUACUUGAUGUGAGCACCAAGAACCCAGUCAGGACAGUCAAUGAGAACUUCCUCUCUCUGCAGCUGGAUCCCUCCAUCAUUCAUGAUGGCUGGCUCGAUUUCUUAAGCUCCAAGCGUCUGGUGACUCUGGCCCGGGGACUCUCGCCCGCCUUUCUGCGCUUCGGGGGCAAAAGGACGGAUUUCCUGCAGUUCCAGAACCUGAGAAAUCCGGCGAAAAGCCGCGGGGGCCCGGGCCCAGAUUACUAUCUCAAAAACUAUGAGGAUGACAUUGUCCGGAGUGAUGUUGCCUUGGAUAAACAGAAAGGCUGCAAGAUUGCCCAGCAUCCUGAUAUUAUGCUGGAGCUCCAGAGAGAGAAGGCAGCUCAGAUGCAUCUGGUCCUUCUGAAAGAGCAGUUCUCCAAUACUUACAGUAAUCUCAUAUUAACAGCCAGGUCUCUAGACAAACUUUAUAACUUUGCUGAUUGCUCUGGACUCCACCUGAUAUUUGCUCUAAAUGCACUGCGUCGUAAUCCCAAUAACUCCUGGAACAGUUCUAGUGCCCUGAGCCUGUUGAAGUACAGUGCCAGCAAAAAGUACAACAUUUCUUGGGAACUGGGUAAUGAGCCAAAUAACUAUCGGAGCAUGCAUGGCCGGGCAGUAAAUGGUAGCCAGUUGGGAAAGGAUUACAUCCAGCUGAAGAGGCUGCUACAACCCAUCCGGAUAUACUCCAGAGCCAGCUUGUAUGGCCCUAAUAUUGGACGGCCCAGGAAGAACGUCAUUGCUCUCCUAGAUGGAUUCAUGAAGGUGGCAGGGAGCACAGUAGACGCGGUUACCUGGCAACAUUGCUACAUUGAUGGCCGAGUGGUCAAGGUGAUGGACUUCCUGAAAACUCGUCUCUUAGACACACUCUCUGACCAGAUUAGGAAAAUUCAGAAAGUGGUCAAUACAUACACUCCAGGAAAGAAAAUUUGGCUCGAAGGCGUGGUGACCACCUCAGCUGGAGGCACAAACAAUCUGUCAGAUUCCUAUGCUGCAGGAUUCUUAUGGCUAAACACUUUAGGAAUGCUGGCCAAUCAGGGUAUUGAUGUUGUGAUACGACACUCAUUUUUUGACCAUGGAUAUAACCAUCUGGUGGACCAGAAUUUUAACCCAUUACCAGACUACUGGCUUUCUCUCCUUUACAAGCGUCUGAUUGGCCCCAAAGUCCUGGCAGUGCAUGUAGCUGGGCUCCAGCGGAAGCCGCGACCAGGAAGAGUCAUCCGAGACAAACUACGGAUCUAUGCUCACUGCACAAACCACCACAACCACAACUAUGUCCGUGGCUCCAUUACACUUUUCAUCAUCAACCUGCAUCGAUCAAGAAAGAAAAUCAAACUGGCUGGGACUCUAAGGGACAAGCUGGUGCACCAGUAUCUGCUGCAGCCCUAUGGGCAGGAAGGCCUAAAGUCCAAGUCAGUGCAGCUCAACGGACAGCCCUUAGUGAUGGUGGACGACGGGACCCUUCCAGAACUGAAGCCCCGCCCCCUACGAGCUGGCCGGACAUUGGUCAUCCCUCCAGUCACCAUGGGCUUUUAUGUGGUCAAGAAUGUCAAUGCUUUGGCCUGCCGCUAUCGGUAAACCACCCUCUGCUUUAGAGCUGCUGGUGGGCAUGCUGGACUGCUUUCCUGCUCUUCCCCCUGUAGCGCCCUUAGUCCUCAGCCUCCGCUCCCGCUUUGCUGGAGUCAACAUAGACUUUCUAAAUAGACUAAAUGUCAUAGUGUGAGCUUAGCCUAGGUAGGUGGCAUCCAUCCCUAAGGUAAUUGUAGAACUCUCUGUUCCUAUGCAAAGAGAACGGUGUGUGUCUGCUGAUGCACACCUCACAAACAGGCUGACAGCAUCUUCCAGAGCAGUGUUUCCAAACAGCUGCCUGUAGUCCUGAUCCCACAGCAAUGCAACUGCA